AUGUGUGAUUUCUAUAUACAAGCAUCGAGUGUAAUCGAUAAACUUCUUCAAAAGAAGGGUAGUAUCAAAGGUUUAUCAUUCCAAUCGUCAACCACCGAAUCAAAGAGUAAAACAUGUUAUGCAUUGGUUUGUGAAACUUUGAAAUAUAAAGAGAUUAUAGAUGAAUUACUGCUUAUGGUUCCACAGUUGAAAGAUGAAAAGAUUACAAAGUUAAAGUAUAGCAUGUUGUUGGUGAUGAUCUACGAUUUGCUAUUCAGUCAACAGCAAUCAAUAAAAGGAGGUGGUCACGCAAAGAAAUCGGUGAUGGCAUUCAAAGUGCAGUUGUCAUCUUCACUGGCGCGACUAAAGAUCAAGAGUAAGGUGAGUAACAACAUCGACUUACUACCGGAUUCCAUUAGAAAUCCAGUGGUUCUACCUCGUUACGUUAGAGUGAAUACCAACGUUGCUCAACCAACCGAAGUCAUUGCUGGAUUCGUAAAGGAAGGUUAUCAGUUAAAGUCGUACACCGGUAGUGAACUUCCAACUGUUACUAAAGAUUCCUCUAGUAAUAAAGUGGAUUUCGGUGAUGAUAACAAGAUAUUCUAUCAGGACAACGACUUCAAGGAGAUACUUAUAUUCUCGGGUGUCGUUGAUCUUCACGAUCACCAGUAUCUUCACAGCGGAAAGAUCAUCCUACAGGACAAAGCAAGUUGUUUGCCAGCAUACAUUCUCGAUCCACCAAAGAACGUUGUUUGUAUCGACUCUUGUUCGGCACCGGGCAACAAAACAUCGUUGGUCAGUGCACAAAUGUCAAACACAGGAAAGAUCUAUGCCAUCGAAAAGGAUAUAAAGAGAAUGAACACACUUAUUAAACUUACAAAUAGAUCACAUUGUAAAAAUAUCGAAGCAGUUAAUGGUAGUUUCUUAGAUUUAGAUCAUGAUGAUCCAAGAUUCAGUGAUGUACAAUAUAUUUUGUGUGAUCCAUCUUGUUCUGGUUCUGGUAUUGUUAAUCGUUUGGAUUACUUGUUGGCCAGUACAACUGGUGGUGCUGGUGGUGGUGGUGCAGCAACCGAAGAGAAUGACGAUAUUGUAGAUGAAUUGAUUGAAAAGUCUGGUGGUGUUGGUGUUAUUGGUUCAACUAGCAGCAGCAACAGCAACAACAGUGUAAAGUUGUCGAAAGAAGCUACAAUGAUGGAGACAGCAGCACAGUUGUCAAAGACAGCAUUCAAAAAGACAUUGGAUAAACAUGGAAAGAGACAAUACAAAAAGGAGUUGAAAGAGGAUCGUAAGAGAAAACACGAUGAGUUGGUUGCAAUGAAAAGAGGAAAGAAACCUGUUGCCACUAACACCACCAACGAGCAAUCCGAAGAUAAAGAAGAACCCGUUAUUACAGAAGCAAAACGUUUAGAAUUGUUAGCAGAUUUCCAAUUAUCAAUUAUUAGACAUGCUUUUGCUUUUCCAUGUGUUAAAAGAGUAGUUUAUUCAACAUGUUCAAUACAUCAGGUUGAGAAUGAAGAUGUUGUUCAGAGAGCAUUGAGUGAAUUGAAUAAGGAUAAGGAAACAUGGAGAUUAGUUAAUAUUUUACCACAUUGGAAGAAGAGUAGAGGUUUAUCUCUUUUCAAAAACAGUGAAUAUUGUUUAAGAUUAUCACCAGCCAAUGAUAAUACAAUUGGUUUCUUUGUUGCCUGUUUCGAAAAGAUCAAUCCCAAGCCAGCACAAAUUAGAAAGUCAUUCGUUUCAGCUCCAACCUCUGGUUCAAAAUUAAUUGUUAGCAAACAACAACCAUCACAACCUACAGAUAAUAUCAAUUCAAACAAGAGUAAAAAAGAAGAACAAGAAGAAGAAGAGGUUGAUGAAGAUAAUGAUAAUGAGGAUGUUGAAGAUGAAGAUGAAGAUGAAGUAGAAGAUCAAUUAGAGUUUGAGGAUAAUGAUAAUAUCGAAGAUGAGGAAGAAGAAGAUGAAAAAGAGAGUGAUGAAGUUGAUGAAGAAGAUGAUGAACCAGUUAAAAAGAAGACAAGAAAUCAAGCACCACAACAACCAAUUAAAUUAUGGGCUGAUGAUGCAUUCUCUGGAAGUUCAUUUGCAAGGAUCAUGGAUAAUGCACAAAACUCGAAUGCCAGCAAGAACUCCUCAACCUCAAAGAAUAUUAAAAACAAUAACAACAAUAAUAACAAGUCAUCAAAGAAUAAUAAUAAUAAUAAUAAUAAUAAUAAUAAUAAUAAUAAUAAUAAUAAUAAGAACAACAUUAACAAAAAUAACAAAAACAUUCAUAAUACUAUUAAAAAGAAAAAUAUUAAGAAAUAA